CUGCCCCCCUCAGCGCCGGGGAAGGUAUAAAAGCAAUGAGGCUCGUUCCAACAAGGCUUCAGACCUACGGGAGACUACACACACACGAGACACACCGGUGCUGUUUCUCCCUCAGCUUCGUGGCUUUUUAGAGAUUCCUGUCAAAAUGUUGUCACGGACACUUGUUGUUUGCUUGGUCUUUGCUGUGGCUGGUGUUGUUUUAUCGGCCCCUGUGACAGAUGGACAAGAUUCAGAUGACAGAGCAGCUCCAGUAAUUGCCUUUCUGAAUGGAGAUGCCAAUGGCCAGCCCACUUCAAGGCCUAACCAAGGAAUCACAGAUGGGACAGACUCAGCUGAGAAGAUGGAAGGUGCAGACCCAACUGACUCAAACCAGCCAGAUGGGGAUGAAAGUGUGGAGGACACUACAACAAGCCCUGAUUCCCAAGAGCUAUCUGAGGCUAUAACUGAGAGCCAGGACUCUGCUGAGCCAGACACAUCCGAAGAGACAGACAACACAGAGACUGCUGAGCCCGACACGACUGAGGAAGCCACGGAGUCAGAUAUCUCAGAGUCUGAACAAAACGAUGAUGCCACUGCCGAUGAGGAUGGCAUCAGUGAAGAGGCAGGUGCCAGCGAGAUGGCAGAUGCCAGUGAGCAGCAGGAUUCCCCAGACAGCGACAGCGACGAGGCUUCUCCAGACAAGGACGACAGCGACGAGGCUUCUCCAGACAAGGACGACAGUGAGGAAAACACAAUGGAAGUCAGUGAGCAGGAAGCAACUGACAAGGUUGAUACUGAAAGUACAGAGGCUGGAGAGGGCAAAGACUCAAAGGAGAAGAACACUGACGAGGACACAUCGGAUUCAGCAGACGAUGAGGAACCAGGAAUGGUAGCCAAUCAGGAAUCUGAAAGCACAGAAGCAGGUGCUGACAUCAAAGAAGACAGCACAGAAAUGAACAGCAUGUUGUCAUCAAAGGAUGAUGACAAAGUGGAGGCUAAAGAGGACAGCUCAAAUUCUGAGGAUGACGACAAUGACGACAUGGCUUCCAAAGACUCAACUGAGAAAGAGUCAAUGAUGGACUCCAGCAGCGAGGAAGACUCUGCCGACCAAGAGGCCGGAGCCAAAGAGGCCAAAGACACAAGCUCCAAAUUCGAGGGAGACACUGAGGAGGAAAGUGAGGCCAAAGAGGCAGGAGAAAGCAAGCAGAAGGAGGAGGCUGGGGACGACAGUGAUGAGGAGGGAUCCAAGAGUCUAGCUGAAAAGGAGGAAGGGGAGAACAUCAGCAGCCAGGAGGAGGACGAGGAGGACAAAGGCACCACUAUUGAGGAAGGGGACCCCAUCAGUGCGGAGGAGGAGGAGGCUGAGAUGGAGAAGAUGCCAGUCCUGGAGGAAGGCAUGCCCAUAGGAAGCCAGGACGCCUUUGAGGUGCAGAUGCAGGACAGCGCCAGCGACGACUCGGAGUUCGCCACCAGGGAGGAGAGCGACGAGGAGAAGAGCGUGGAGGAGGAGAAAAGUGACGAGUCGUCAGACGACAAAGAGAGUAAAGAUGCCAGUGAGAAAGACACCGAUAGCAUGGAGGACAAAUCAGAAGCUCCAACCAGUGAAGCAGCAGGAAGCUCAGAGACCAUGGAGUCAGCAGACAAAGAUGAACAGGAUGAUGCAUCAGAGUCAACCUCAAAAGAUGAGAGCAUGGAGAAGAGCACUGAGCUAGAUUCCACAGCUGAAGAUGAUGAUAUGGAUACCACAUCUGAGGAGAUAGUACCGUCCUCUGAGGCAGAGGACCUGUCUGCAGCCGUCACCGUUGAGGCACCGGAUCAGCCAGAUAAACCAGACGACACAACACCAGGGGUUGCCAAUAACACCAAUCAGAGUUCCUAGCAUUCUGGCUUGUACCAGUAGGUUAUGGUGGAGUCUAUACAACAGAAUCAUCAUGAAAAGACACAAAGGAAAUCUACUGAUGCAGUCACAAUAACAAAACAGCAUUUUCAGGCUGGACAUACUAUUUCUUCUUUCCUCUACACUUUCUCACUCCCCCAACAUUCUCCCCAAAAGACAACUUUUUUGUUAAUAGGGUGAGCAACAAAUUAAAUUAUUCAAUCUUUUGUGCACAGAAUUCAUAACUGACAUAGAAUAUUUUUCAUUUUUCUAACACCUAUGCAAUGUUGGCUUUAGGAGCCUUCAAAUUAUGAUGUUCAUGCAGCUAAUAGGCUUAAAAUCAUUGACAUUUUGAAAUCUGAGCACACAACUGUUACUUUUGCUGAAAAGAACAUUUGUUUGAUCUUUUACUGCAAUUCUGCUUGAUACUGUCUCUAAAAAAUUGCAGUGCUUGAAUGUUGUGGGGCUGGCAUGUUUUCGCAGGUUGUGGGAUUUUCUAGUUCUGCUUUUUCAACAUGCUACAACACUUUCUGACAGAUAACUGCUGCUAUGACAAAACAAAAAAUUCCUGACUCUCAGAAAAACGUUUUGCUUGUUUUUAAACAACAGACAAAUUUCUCACUGUAUAACAAUACGAUUUCCACAACAAAUGGAGUGUACAGACAUUUUAUGAGACAAUUUUGUUAUGCACAUCUCUUCAUUUUGAGAAUUUAUGACUAAUAUUGUAGUGUGCGUGUAAGAGCAAUGUUGAAGAAUUAUUGUAAUGACAAGAGAUGUAUAGAUGUAUCAAUAAUGUCAUUUAAUAUGUACACAGGGAGCAAAUUGAAUAAAGCCUGAGUGGUCAGAAAAAAAAUCA